AGCAUUGCUACCUCUAGAAAACAGCUGUUUUCGAUUUGUUAUUUAACCAGCUCCAUUUCCCUCGCCAAAAAAACAGGAAAAUAACAAUGAAUAAUUGUAUUAAACUGGUGCCGAUGGCUCUCAGGUGCCAGCAGAGGACCAUCACCACAUCCUCCGCUCUGGCGGGCAAGCGGAACUUCCGGAAAUUCAACGUGUACAACAAGCGAGGAACGCGCGUGGUGAAGGAGGCGCAGAAAACAUUGGCCCAGCCGCCGGUGGCCAUCCACAAGCGCGGAGUACGAGAUACGGGCAUCGUGGUGGACGGAGAGUACGUGGAGAUUCCCGAGAAAAUCCCUGAACUCAUUGUGCCCGAUCUCACCGGCUGCAAGCUGAAGCCAUACGUCUCCUACAAGGCGCCGGAGGUCGUGCAAUCCGAGUUCACCAGCCUGGAUCUGUUCAAUGCCGUCUACUCGCAGAAGAUAAUCGAGGACUUCAAGGCGGGCACCCUCCAGGCGGACGGCAGUCCGAAGGAGCCGUCAGCCAACGAGCAACUGAGCUCCACUGAGGCAUUGCAGCGUGCACGAAAGACGGGCAGCGAUAUAUUCUAAGCGUUGUAGGUUUAUUGUUUCUUAAAUACAGAGUCUGAACUAGA